AUGCAUCACAUCAUAUUUAUCUUACAAUAUUUUCUACAUUUAUUUUUAAAUAAAUGUACAGUAAUAGCAGUACAAUCAUUUUGGAAAUACAAGAGAUAUAAUCACUUUAAAUUAUGAACGCAUAACAGUACUCACUAGUUACUGCCAUUAUCAUCUUUAAAUUUCCAAGUGUUUAAUCGGACUAAUCAGAAUCAGAAUACAAAAUACAUUCCUUAAUUUCAAACAUUCCUCUCUUCUUUACCAUUCUUACAUUUGAUUCAUUUACUUUUUGAAUUGCCUCAUUUUUAUCAUACCAAAUUUCAUCUGCUUUCUCAGGCCAUACCCAGUGCUUCCCUUUUUUGGUCAAGCAACUUACAUUAUAUGAGAUACGCGAACCAUAGAUUUCAAUUCCAAUCACCUUUCCAGGAAAAAGAUUACCUUCAUAUGAAAUAAUUACAAAAUCAUCAAUACAAAAAUAAACAACAAGACUUUUACUUUAAGCUCCUGAUUCACAAGACUUUGUCUGUUUAGAUGAACUGAGCCUAUGCAGAUCAUCGCUCAGUUCUACUACAUUAAAGUCCUUUGAAUUACCACUGUACAAUUGCACUGAAAUUUCAUUUUGACUUUCUUGUGAUGCAAUUGGUGCCUUACUUUGUUUGAGCUAAGCUUCCUUACACCUCCUCCUCGAGUUUUCGGUGAACAUUUCCUCAUUUUUCCUAGAGUAGGUGCAGGUUCAUGUAGUGAAUCUGGAUCAUCUGUUUGGCUAUUUGUAGUGCCAUUUUGUCCUCUGUAGUAACGUUCAAUGUCUUCUGUUGAUAAACUUUGCCCUGGCUGAACUGGUAACUAAAAUCUUUUAACCUGCUUGACGAUCAGAUCAGUAGAUCUAACAUCCUGCAAAUAUUUCUGGAAUUCUGAGCUAAUACAUCGUUUUAUUGGUGAAUCUUUGGCAUAACCUGGGAGAGCCUGCAAAACCCUUUGGCAGUUCACUGGGAACAGUCCACACUUAUCAAAUCCCUUCUUAAUAUUUGCUUCAGCUAUUUGACUCCCCAUAUUGAGAGCUUUGGUCAAAGUAGUACAAAACAAUGCCUUAGGAAGGCAGACUUUCUUCUUCCUGUCUGGUGAUUUUCUCCAUUCCAACAGAGCAGUUCCCGAAUAUGUCUUAAGAGAUGAGAAGUAAGUCACAUCUAAUGAACGUGUGUGCUGUUUGGGGGUAAAAUAUAAAACUCACAUUAUUUUCAUCACAAAGCUUCAACGUGUUUAGCGAUAUAUGAGAGGAUCAAUUAUCCCCAAUUAGUAUUUUUUUCCCAGCCAGAUUAUUCACAUGUGGAAGAAAAUGAUUCUUGAAGCAGUCAUCAAAAACACCUUGUUCCAUCCAGUCAACAAAUUUUUGCUUAGCUUUAAAAACAAUGUACGGUGGAAUAAAACUUCCUUUGGCACUUCCACAAAACAUGACAGUGUAACAAGAUUUUGAUGAAUUCAUUAUUAUUUUGGGAUUCCUGCAUGAGCGACGGAACAGGAGUUUAGUGGUGUUAGGAGCAUCAUGGAAAGCUGUUUUAUCAAUAUUAAAGAUGUUACUUGCUGGGAUAUUUUCUACUUACUUUUCAUAGUUAUCAAAAAAACUCUUCACUAUGGACUCAUUUACAGCUGCCCUUUUCCUGCAAAUAUUCUUGGCAACUUUUUCUUGUAGCAUAUCCUUGUGCCUUUCAAGAAAUGAUUUUCCCCAUUCAUAUCCAGGCAUAUUAUUGCAGAACUGUUUUACAUCCCUUUUGUUACUGUCCUGAUAGGACUUGACAAUACAUCGUAAAUCAAAUGCAGACAGGGGAAUUCCCAUAUCACUAACAGCUAAGCAAUGUUGAACAAAAAGGUUUUCUUCUUUUUUAGAAAAGAUGCAGGGUCGUCCAAACUUACCCAUGUGUUUAUUCUGCAAUUUAGUGUAAAGAGUUUGCCUGGGUAUUCCAUACUUACCUGCGGCCUAUCUCACCACAUUUGAUCUCAUCCAAAAUCCUCUGCAACAUUUCAUUGGAAUAUCUACUCUUGGUCUCAUAGUGUCUUGUUUCUGGGGGAGUAACUAGACUCCUUACCAUCUGAAGAAAAAAAUAUAAAUAAAGGUAAGGUUAUGUUUAAAAAACAUUAAUAAACAGCAACAAUUACAAUAAGAAAGUGCUGCAAUGAUUAUGUCUCAAAGUUUUGAUGCCCAAAUAAAUUUAAUUUAAUUAUAUCACGAUAAAUAACGAUUAUAAUAAGUUACAAACUGAAAUGUAAUUUUUAUGUAUUUCCAAUUUAUUAAUUAUUUACAUUUUAAAGAUCAAAACUAAGAAAACUUACAACUUAGACUAACUUUAGGCCACCAUUGGUUUAAUAUUGUACUGGUACAAAGAUAACCUAAAAAUCUGAACAAUAUGCAGAACCUAAAAUAGAAAAUGAUAUCCAUUUUACAUUGUUUGAUCAGAGCCUGCAACUUUUAAAUGAAAAAAAUAAUGAUGUUGGAAUAUGAUUACUAAUAAAGUAUUAAUUUAAACCUUAGUUGAUAUACUUACAUUUCAAGUUAAAAUAGCACUUCAAAUUACAGUUUUUGUAGGCCUCACUGUAAUAUCAAGUAAAUAUACCAAAGAUAAGAUGUGAACUCUAAGAAAUGGCAGUAAGGUAGUCCAUAGAUAUUGAUGUUUAGGGAUAUGCCCAUAAUGCAAAUAAAUUUGAAAUGUGUGUUUUGCUAAGAGUUCAAAUAAUGAAAUGAGAAUCUGGUAGGGCAGAUUUCACCAUCGCCGGUUAAGGAGUUUAAACAUUGGUUAAGAACACUUAAACAUCGUUUAGUUGUGAAUUAUAUUUCACCAAAAGUUAAACAGUGUUUAAGUUUGUUAACAGUUGUUUAACAUUAACCGCCCAAAUUCGGGCGGUUAAGUCUUAAACAGUUGUUUUAAAGAGGAGUUGUGUCUCGUAAUGGCCGCGCGAAUGUACGAUUAUAUUUUUGAAGAGGAUGAUGAUAAUGUGCGAAGAAGGCCUAGAUGGGUUCAAGAAAGAUCAAACUAUCUGGACGAUUAUGAUGAUGUUGACUUUGUCAAGCAUUUUCGGCUCUCGAAACAUUCAGCUGAAAUCGUGCUUCAGCAAAUUGAACAUCAGCUAUCUUUUCCAACACAAGAAAAGUAAGAAAAAGUUGGUUAUUUAUUGUGUGAACUAAUGUAGGUAUAUUGAAAUUAUGCGCAUAAAUUUGUGUUCCAAUGAAUAUUUUUUAAUUGAUCACUUCAAAGAAAUUAUCGUCCAGAACCUAUAUUAUAGCUUAUUUGUUGACAAUAGCCUGCCAAGUAACUUCUUCAUUUUAGCUAACAAUUCAUACGUCACGGCUUUUCCAUUAAUGAAAUAAUUAAAUUCCGGACAUUUUGUUUUUCUGUACCACAGAUGUUUCCUGUUUUACCCAGAAAACAGCUUGGAUAAUUUCCCACUGGUUUCUGAGAUGUUAGCAUUUAUAGGUUAGAUUGCAAUACCUGUGCGUUGAUACGGCCACUAGGUACUUUUUUUUUCCUAAUUGCGUUGUCAAUUCUGUGAUUCUCUAUUACAAUGAUGUGUAUAGUUUUGUAUUUGGGUUUUUUGAUGCACUGGUUGGCAGGCAAAAAUAAAAGUUAAAAAUAUCGGUAGGGCUAUCCCUACUGUCCAUUAAAAGCCAAGUGUAAACCCUCGACAGGAAUGUUUUUGGCAGUAUGAAGGUGCGGAAUGCUGACGUGUUACUUGCGCUCGCAUGUAAUUUUAUCUUUUAUCAAUUAAUAUAAUAGGUACCUGUAUUGACUUAAAGUAUUCCAGAACAAACACACAGACCCUAUAUGGGAAACCUAAGGUUUACAAUAUUUCAUUCCGAGGCAGCAUUCAGGAAGUUUGGCUUUUUGUGGUUUUUCUCUGUUUACCAAUUACAAGUCGAGGAUUUUAAUUUUAAAUUCCAUUUCCAGAAUCUUUGGUUAUGCUGAUUGUUUAAACAUUAGUUAUUUCUGAGGAAAGCCACAUUUAAGAAAAUAGACUGAUGUGAAUCUUACGUUUCCCAAGUUGCUAUGCUAAAGCUCAGUGGAGGCAGCUGCAUCACUGCACAGGCUACCUAAUGCAACCUAAGAACAGUAGAAACCACUAGGAACUUGCAAACGCUAUUUUAAAGGUAAAUAUAGGAACAUCUGUAGGACUACCGAAAAGCACAAUUUUUGGAAUUUUAUUAUUUUAUUUGCGAAAAGCCAUGGCGUAAGAAUUUUACCCACUCCUGCAAUGUCCUUGCUAAAAACCAGUUUUUUUCUCUCUGUUCUGUUCACCUCCACAUAUUAUGUUUCUUCCAGUGGUGGUAUUUUAUUCUCUUCACCUUCUCUGUGUAACCUAUUUGUCAGCUGUUAUCCUACGAUUACCAUUUUACAGCCUUCCCAGCUUCUCUACCUAGAAAGGACUUACGGCCACAGAAUGGAAGUUCAAUCAGAGGUGUAUUCUAAUCUACUCUCCUUCCCUGUAAUGUUCCCUAUCCCAGCUCCUUGAUCAUCUCAGACUGCCUAUUCAAUUCUUCUAAUGUUGAAAACUUAUGUAUGUUUAAUUUAAGGAAUGCUGCAGUAUCUCCAAUGAAUCAGUUGUUGGUAACACUGAGAUAUUAUGCUACUGGUUGCUCCCAAUUAACUUCGGGUGACUUUGCUGGAAUCAGUUAUACAACAGCCCACAGAGUCAUCCAUAGAGUCAGCAACGCAAUUGCUUCUCUUCGACCACAAUAUGUCAGUUUUCCAGAAUCGCAAGAGAGUAUUCGGAAAACACAAUUGCAAUUCUACAACAUUGCUCGUUUCCCUAAAGUUUUGGGUGCAAUGGACUGUACACAUGUGAGGAUUAUGUCUCCAGGUGGAAUGGAGGCAGAGACAUACCGGAAUAGGAAAGGAUAUUUUUCCUUGAAUGUGCAAGCUAUUUGCAAUGCUGACCUUGAGUUCACGGAUAUUGUGGCAAGAUGGCCAGGAAGUACACAUGAUAGUACUAUCUUCAAUAACUGCUAUCGCCAUGCACUAUUUGAAGACAGACGGUAUGGAGAUGCUGUGCUGUUGGUUGAUGGUGGCUAUCCCAGCAAACCAUAUCUGUUGUCACCACUGGAAAAUCCAAUAACUGAAGAGGAGCGGCUGUACAACGAAUCACAGAUACGGUCCAGAAAUACUGUGGAACGUUUAUUUGGUUGCUGGAAGCGCCGGUUUCCUGUGCUGUCUUUAGGCAUCAACGUAAAGCUCAACAAUACCAUGGCUAUUAUAAUAGCAACUGUGGUGUUGCACAAUAUUUUGAGAAAAGCUGGUGAAGACUUGCCACCAGAUGACCCAGACUUAAUGCUUCCUGCACCCUGGGCAGCACUUCUGGGAGAAGGAGACAUCACUCGGGGCAGACUGCAGGAUGGGCAGCGGAAAGAUGCUGUUCGUCGUGCCUUGAUUUCAAAUUACUUUAGAAGCUUGGUGUGAGCAAGACUGCCAGAAUAGAAGAUGCCACAGCAAACAGAAAAGAAUUUUUUUUAAAUGGACUUGACCACAUUUAAUCUGAUGUGACGUAAAAUAGGAGUUGACAUUUUAAUCAAUUAGGAGUAAAUACAUCAACAUAUUUUAUUUACAGUACAUUAAGUUAAAAUUUAAGGAAUACAUUUACACUAUGUCUCAAUGAUUGUUCUUUUUUCUCUGCCUCAACUCAAACAUUAGUAUUUUGGUAUGCAACUUUUCUUGUAUUAAUCUUUCAGCAUACAAUUUGGACCUCAUUUCUGCUUCUUCAAUUGCAUGUUUUUUUGCUAAAUGGGCUAGUUCCAAUUUAGCCUCAUCUAGAAUUGCCUGAGAUGACUUCGGUCUUAUCCCUCUAUUUUUCGGGCGAGACAAUGGGCGAUGCGGAGUAGACACCACUUUUCUUUGAGAAGGCAAUUCUUCAGACGGAAUUGUCUGCGAAUGCAUCAAUGAAACAGAAGGUGCUGAAGAUAAAGGCGACACCGGUUUACGCAGAUUGUCUGGGGUCCACUGUGACCAGUCUUCUAUUUCUUUUGGUGAAAUCACCUCCACGAUUGCCUGAAAAUAAAUCAAAAUCACUGUGAAAACAUUCUAGAAAAAAUAAUUGCUUCUGUUACACGUUAGCUUAGAGAUGUAACAAACUACGCUAGUUUACAAUAAAGUUACACUUUUUUGAAGUUCUUUAGAAUUGAUAGGCCUGUGCAAAUAUUCAAAUUUUCGAAAGCGAAUGCUUUAUAAUUCACAUUGAAUUUGAUCUUGAAUACUUAACACUUCAAUAUAACAAAUAUUUGUUUGCUUCCAGAUAUUUGAUAUCACAUACCUCAUGAGUUUGUCGUAUACUAGCGUUUACUAUUGAGAUUAAGUCAAUUUUGCAAUAUAAAUAUCAUGUUUUUAGGUAUUUUAAUGAGACUUCAUUAUCAAAAACAUACAAUAAGCAACAUUUUGAACAUGCAACAAGUAAUCAACAACGAUUUUCCGCUACUGUCUCGCUAAACAGUAACUGAAAAUAGGUGUUAAUUAUUCAAAACACAGAAUAUUAUUGUGACAUUUCAAAGUUGAAAACAAAACAUUAUUUGUAUUAUUGUUGUCACAUGGACAAUUAACAAAAAAUUCAAAUAUCAACAACCUUGGACUACAACACCUCCAAAUAGAUACACCAUUGUGAUGGCUAUUAAGAGAAGAGAAUGCCAUAGUUUCAACGGCGUAUAAAUAGAUGAUUACAAUCAAUAUAACACAGUGUGCCACAGUUGCAGUGUACUUAGGUACUGUAUAUAUCCUAAAUGAAACAGAUGUUGGUACUCCAAAGAAAAGUUUUGGAUAUCUGAUGAAAUUAGCAGAAUUUAUUGUGUUCAUAAUACUGCUGAACUAAAAUACAGUGUACCAUAAUAUAAUUUACGUGUGAUUAAUUAGGGGUUAAAUAUGUAAAUAUGAAGUCAUACAAUCACUUAUUUGUUAACAAAUAAUUUUAACAAAUCUACAUUUUUUUGUGAAAUGUAUCAGUUUUCACAGUAUUUUGCAGUACACAAAAAAUAUAUAGAUCAAUAUAUAGAGUAGCAAGUUCUGUAAAACAAGGCGAACAGGAAAUUAUAAUGUUUUAUAAUUGCUUUACAAGAAUGUCUUUAUAUGACUACAGUAUAUUUCAUGAUCGUGAAUUAUGCUUUUUCAUGCAUUGUAGAUAUUUGUAAUUGUUUGCUUGAUGGCGAAUAAUUAGCUUAAAGUGGUUCUUACUUUCUACUAUUUAUGCAGUUAUUUUUAAUGGGUUUUCUAGAAUUGUUUAAGGCCUUGCUUAUAAGUUAUUUAUUCAUAAAAUGCGUGGUUAGGUUCUUCCAUUGUACAUUGUUUUCUUGGAUGAUUUCUUUAUUAGGAAAAGCACUGGUGUAAUGGGGUGAAACAAUAUACUGGUUAUCUGAACUAGCUUAUCGUUUCCUGUGUAAGAGAGGUAGGGAGCUUGGAAAACAUGGGAUAGAAACUUUAAGAUUGUCCGAAACUUGUUGCCAGGCACCACAGAUGGCUAGUAAUUUUCUAGGGUAUUUUUGUGAUUCGUCAAAAAUAUAGUCAUCUCAAUAGCUUUGUCCAUGAAGAACAGUGGUGACGAGAUGGUGUGUGCAAAAUGUUCAUUUGUAGUUUGAGAUUCAGGACCUUUAGUUUGUGUUUUGAGCAGCACCUAAAAAAUACUAUCACAUAAAUAUAGGGGGAGAAAAUAUAGUGGCUAUGGUCUGGGCGGCACCGAACUUUAAUUUUUUUUUUACAUUAACAUUACAAUUUUGUAGACUAGUCUGUGAUUGCCCAAAAAAGAUACAUACAUGUGUUUUUCAUUCAUUCUGAGACUUCGGUUAUUGGCAAGUAGCGGGAGUCUCUAGUAACCCUGGGAUGCAAUAAACAGGGUUUUUUUUCUCAAGUACUCACUCUCUUUGAACAGGAACAUGGUGUUUAUCUAAAAGCUGCAAGUUGUUUUGGUGGUACAAUCUGGUUUUAGGGGACAGCAUGCAUUUUUUGUUUGUCGUGGUCGCAAGAUGGCGAACCCAGUGACUUGUAAAAAGGAAAUUUAAAAAAAAAAAACAGGUUUUAAAUCAGUUUGUUUCUGAAAGACAUUCUUUACACAACUUUGCAUCAUCAGAAAACUUCGUUAUUUGUGGAUUAUUUAUUUUUACGGAAUGAUUAAAGCCUUUUAUUCCUUUUAAUAACGUUUUGUACAUUUGCCACAUGUUUUAGAAACAUGUUUUAUAUUUAAUUAAUGUUUUUAUGCCUUUUUUAAUGAGUGUUUUGCUUUGUUAAUGAAAAGUCGUUCAAAGGUACGUUUACUUAACUCGGCCUAGGUAUUUGCUUUUUCAGGGAUAAAUUUAAAUAUUCUAGAUGGGUUUUUAUGCAUGGAUUGCGCUUUCAAGUAUUUUUCCUUUGUAUUUCGAAUUUUUAUUUCGGACAUUUUAAAUUAGAAACUUGGAGCCACAGUCGUAGGUGAAGCCCUCAACGAUGUGCUAGUAAUUCGGCCAUCGUUCCGGCGAUAAGUAUCCGUCGGCAACGUACCAGGGGUGAGAGUUUCACCCUGGGAUGUUAUAAAUAGUAAAUCAGUGUUUAUUUCAAAGUACCUCUGAACUGUAAAAUAAGUUGUUUUUGUUUUGUAUUCGUCAAGUAAGGACUAUAACCUUAAAGUGUACUUAUUGCUUCAUUGUCGCAAGAUGGCGGGCGGAGAUGUGUGUGUGUUUCUCUCGUGGAUUUGAAGAAUUUAAAUAAAUAAAAACAAUUUAGAAAGCA